GAAGCGAGCAGCGCCGGCACUGGGGGAGAGGGCGCGGGCGCGGCGCGGCCAGGCUGCACCCCGAGCGCGCUCACUGCUCCGCAAGUGCCAACUUCCCGGGAGACGGUGCCCGGCGCGCAUCUUCCCGGCGCGCGGCGCGCUCAGCGAGAAUUUGAGGUUUUGGGGUUUUUUUAGAAAGGAGGGUCAGAGUUUCGCCUCGCUCCAUUUUCCUUGCUAGAAAUCCCCAUUAAAGAAAAAAAACCGAGUCACAGCAAACUUGCUUUCCUCCCGUCUGUCCCCGACUGCCGGCACCAUGAAGGCGGCCGUCGAUCUCAAACCGACUCUCACCAUCAUCAAGACGGAAAAAGUCGAUAUGGAGAUUUUCCCCUCCCCGGAUAUGGAAUGUGCAGAUGUCCCCCUGUUAACUCCAAGCAGCAAAGAAAUGAUGUCCCAAGCAUUGAAAGCCACUUUCAGUGGUUUCACAAAAGAACAGCAAAGACUGGGAAUCCCUAAAGAUCCUCGGCAGUGGACGGAAACCCAUGUUCGGGAUUGGGUGAUGUGGGCGGUGAAUGAGUUCAGCCUGAAGGGCGUGGACUUCCAGAAGUUCUGUAUGAACGGAGCGGCUCUCUGUGGCCUGGGUAAAGACUGCUUCCUUGAGCUGGCUCCAGACUUCGUUGGGGACAUCUUAUGGGAGCACCUAGAGAUUCUGCAGAAAGAGGAUGUGAAACCAUGUCAGGUUAAUGGAGUCAACCCCAUGUAUCCAGAAUCCUGCUAUACCUCGGAUUAUUUCAUCAGCUAUGGUAUCGAGCAUGCUCAGUGUGUGCCUCCAUCAGAGUUCUCGGAGCCCAGCUUCAUCACUGAGUCCUACCAGACCCUCCAUCCCAUCAGCUCAGAGGAGCUCUUGUCCCUCAAGUACGAGAACGACUACCCCUCAGUCAUUUUCCGGGACCCUCUGCAGACAGACACCUUGCAAACCGACUACUUUGCCAUCAAACAAGAAGUUGUCACCCCUGACAACAUGUGCAUGGGGAGGACCAGUCGUGGUAAACUCGGAGGCCAGGACUCUUUUGAGAGCAUAGAGAGCUACGAUAGUUGCGAUUGCCUCACCCAGUCCUGGAGCAGCCAGUCAUCCUUCAACAGCCUGCAGCGUGUCCCCUCCUAUGACAGCUUCGACUCUGAGGACUACCCAGCUGCCCUGCCCAACCACAAGCCCAAGGGCACCUUCAAGGACUAUGUGCGUGACCGUGCUGACCUCAACAAGGACAAGCCUGUCAUUCCUGCUGCUGCCCUGGCUGGCUACACAGGCAGCGGACCCAUCCAGCUGUGGCAGUUUCUUCUGGAAUUACUCACUGAUAAAUCCUGUCAGUCUUUCAUCAGCUGGACAGGAGAUGGCUGGGAGUUCAAACUUUCUGACCCAGAUGAGGUGGCAAGGAGAUGGGGAAAGAGGAAAAACAAGCCCAAGAUGAAUUACGAGAAACUGAGCCGUGGUCUACGCUACUAUUACGACAAAAACAUCAUCCACAAGACAGCAGGGAAGCGCUACGUGUACCGCUUUGUGUGUGACCUGCAGAGCCUGCUGGGCUACACCCCCGAGGAGCUGCAUGCCAUGCUGGAUGUCAAGCCAGACACUGAUGAAUGAUGGACGUGCAAGGGCCAGGGCUACCCUUCUGAGACCUUCAAGAGAACAGCUGUGUUGGUCGGACUUUUGUUUUUAAUUGUUAUUCUAUUUUUUAUUUUCCAGAACUCAUUUUUUACAUUCAGGGGUGGGAGCUAACGAUCCGUUUUGUGUGGUUGAAAGGAAAAGCCAGGACUUGCGGGAUGGGGGGGCCGGAAGGUCUUCAGCAGGUUUUCAGGAGAGAGAGAAAAAGGUCUUAGAAGCUUGAAGGAUCUGGUUUCAGGAAGGAGGCAACUGACACAUCCAAUCACUUUGCAAAAUCGUCAAGUGCAUCUUGAGUUAUGGACCCGUUCGCAAGAGAAAUUGUUACAUCAAGAAUCCAGGACUUUGUGAAAGGCAUUUCAUUUGUUGUUGUUUUUAAAUCUGGGCGGGAACCAGGAGGAGGGUGGGAUAAGAAGGUUUUCUUUGGAGGACGAAUUAAAAAACCAAGGAUUAUUUACUUUUCAUUCUGCUUUUUUGAAAAAACAAAACAAAACAAAACGCAACAACAACAAAAAAAUGGGACUUUCAUGGAAAGGAAUCCAAACUGUUUUUGUGUUAAAAUUUAUUUCAUGAAAUUUUGUGCCAGUAUUUUUUUUUCCUCAAAAAAAUCGUCUGAAGCUCUAAGGUGGUCUCAGUAUUGCAGUGUCAUACAAGUUUGUUCUUAUUUGCUGGCUGAGGAUUUUGUCACAGUGAAAGAAAACUGUUUAUAUAGACCCCAUGGGAAAAGCAAAGCUCAGCCACUGAGAUCAGGGAUCCCAAAUUUAUGUGAUUUAUAUAUGAAGGAAAUAUUAAUGCUGAUUUGGGCACAGGGGAACUGUGUGUGUGUGCGUUUCACCUUUAAUUUUUAAGAUACUGCCACAGCCCUUUACUUACUUGUCCUUUAUGGUUUCUCGGGGUUAGACUUGAUGUGAUCUAUGGAGCAUUAAGUCUUUGAACUGAAUGUAUUUCGCAGCCCUGGGUUUGGACUAUAGUCAGCGUACAAGCACUGCUGAAGUCAUGGAAAGGAGAUUAAAGGAGGAAGAUUCACUUGGUUCUUGAUAAUUCUCUACCUGCAGCGUAGAUGGCUUGGAAUCAAAGCUGUGUGCAUGGGCAUUACCCACUCAGGUAUUAAGAAGCAGGUCCUUGACGCGCGUUGCUCCAAACUAAUACUCCACAGCUGCCCCUUUCUGUCUCAUUCUUCCAGUAUCCCAUAUGUACCGCCCCCUCCCCAAUAUUCAGCGGAGAGAAACAUGCACUUUUGGAUAGAUGACUGAAAGAGUGACUUCAGACACCAAGGAACUGAAGAAUGUAUACUUGCUGGGUUUGGAACCACAGAUAUUAAGAGAGCAUUUCAGUACAGUGUGACUUGGCUGGUUGGUAAGAGAUGUGCAGGGCUUUCCUUUGAAGAACUGGCACUAGUUGGGUAGGAGGUCAGAUGAGAUGUGCAUGCAGAGGAGGUAGCACAGAUGAUGCUGUGUCUUGUGCUUGGAUCUGCCGCCCUGGCAGAGGGUGAGUGAAGGUUAACUGGGGAAGGGAGGAAUGGCUUGAAGGCAGGGGAAACAAGGAAAGGAGCUUGAGUGAAUAGAAGAAGGUGGUCCAGGAGAUUGGGAUGCAUUUUUAGCUUCUCUCCAAUUUAAAUAGUCAAGAAAGGUGGUUAUUAUCUUUCUGCUGGUCAUGAGAUGAAUCUAAACAUGAUGUUUGGGGGCCAACCCCAGUAUCUAAGUAAUGAGGUCAUGUGCCUGCUGUCAAAUGAAUUCCUCCCACGGUGGGCAUGGUCAGUUACGAAGACCACAAGGGACUGCCAUGAGAGAGGGGAGAACAGUGAAGAUGGGCUUUGCAGGGGUGGCCCUUCGGAGGAUGUAGCUAAGAGACUGGAAGUGCUAACUACCUUCUAGCAUAUCUUUCUGACAGGCUGCCAACUGGCAGAUCCCCUCACAGGCCCCUGAAUUAGCAGGAAUUUGGUUUAUGAUUCACACAGACCCAUUGGCACAUACACAUGUCAAGCAGAGGCGGGGUGAUCCCAGCUGUGUAUUUUGAUCUUACAGGUGCAGGUGCCUUAAUGAAGCUCUCCAAAUAUUUUAGGAGCUGCUCAGGGAGUGUUAGGUGGAACUUUUUGGAUGACAUUGUUUUCUCUUAGGUUAUGUGAUCUUUGUUGGGCACUGGCAAAAGGGGUGUGUGUGUGUGUGUGUGUGUGUGUGUGCGUGUGUGCACGUGUAUGUGUAUGUGUUUGAUGUUUGCAGAGAUGCACAACUGCAGCUGAAAUAAUACCUGAACUUUCUACUCAAGUCUUUUCACAUUUCAGAGAUAGGUGAGAGCAGAACCCAGCCGGGUAAUGGUCAUUGCUUACUGUUUACAACCAGGCAUCCAAUUACCUUCCGAGUCAUCAGCAUUACCUAUGAAAUAUAUGCUGAAAACGCCCCUUCUCUGAUCCAAUCCCUGCCUGUAGCAGAUAAGAUGUAAGAAAGUGCCUCCUUUAUGCUCCUCAGCCUGCGUUUUACUAAGAUGCCCUUUCUUGCUAUGUCCACCGAUUUCAGGAUUUGUAGCUAGUGAAUUAGUACAAACAGCUUUGUCCAUCUGGCCAUAUGCUUUUCGCUCGUUUGUCCAAAGGCCAGAGACCAUCCCAGGAAGAGUGGUGGGUGGUUUAUACACUGGAAAUGUAGCAGCCUUGUUGCAUUUAUGCUUUUUAAAAACACAUGUUAACUUCAGAGGAAGGAUGGGCGAAUCAGGUCUAGCUAGGUGAAACCUUUAUUUUCCUGGAGAGGCCUUAAUCUAUGUGGGUUUUGGCUUUCAGGCCUAGAGUCCCUUGGUUCCCUUCUGUGUUCAGGGGAGGGACUUCUGCACAGAACCUGAUGGUGUGGCCGUGGGGAUUGGUGGCGGUUUUCCAAGAUCAGAUGUGCCCUUCCUCACUUUAGACCUGAGCUCUCUGGGUUUUAGAGCAUUAACCUGCCUAACCUUCAUGGGGAAAAUAUGUUUGCUCUCUUUGAGUCAUGCUGUGCAUGCCGCUUUCUCUGUUGGGGUCUAUAUAAAUUUGUUGAACUUUUACCUACAUUCCAAAGAGGUGUCAAGGAACCACAAAUAUAUGUAUACAUAUACAUAUAUGACAUAUAUGUAUUAAAAUGAAAUUAUCUCUAUCAGGAACACUGCCUCAGUUAUUGAACUUUUUUUUAAGAAUACCUUUUUUUUUAAAGCUGAGAAGUAUUGGAGUGAAGAUGUUAUAUUGUGUUUGACUAUUUUCCAACUUGUAUUUUCAUAUAAUUUAUAUUUUUUAAAAGCUGAAAAUUUUAAAGUGAGAUAACAAAGGAAAAGCAGGUGCUUUUUAAAAAAAUCAGAACUGAGGUAGCUUAGAGAUAUAGUGAUGUAAGUGUCUAUAUGUUUUUUUUUUAUGCAAAAAAAAUUUUCUUACCAGGGAGUUUUUGUUUGUUUAUUUUAGUAGCUGAUGCUGGCACAUCAUUUUGCUGGAGAGUUUUUUAUAUACUGUAGCCUGAUUUCAUAUUGUAUUUUAAACUGUGUGAAAUUAAAGAUGAAGAAAUUCAUUCAUAA